CACCAGCUCACUAGUUAAGACCCCCUUAAGUUGGAGGAGGCAGAAAGGCAACAGCAGCGAGGAAGGAGAAGUCAAGACGUCUGGAAAGAAUUACCCAGUCCUGGCUUCCAGCAGCCCAUUGAACCAGGGACUUGAACCAGUCCCAGCCAAAGACUUUCUCCUGAUUCUGCGCUUCCUGGGUUCUGCUGAGUCUUCACCGGGCUUUUUUUUUUUCUUUCUAUACGAAAAAGAGAAGAGAUUUCCCGAUAUCAGGGGAGAAGGACUGGAGCAAAAAGAAUAACAAUAAAAAAAAUUUUUUUAAAUUAAUUUAUUUUUAAAGUUAAAUUUUUUUAAAAAAAAGAAUCAGGAGACUUAAGUGCAGCGGAAAUAUCCAAGAAUAUUGGUGAAAUUUCCUUUUAAAGUGGGGGAAGAAUCAAACCUUUAAGGUUCCCGCAUCUUUCUUUAAAUGUUGUUUUUAAACUUUUUAUUUUUUUUGGCCGGUCGUCUCAAAUUCAUCUGAUCUCUUAUUACCUCAAUUCUGGAAACUGCCCGCCACCGGCCCUCCGGGACCACACAGACAGGCCGAGGACAACUUUAUGACCAAGAGCUGAACAAGAUGCAUUGUGAGAGGUUUCUAUGUAUCCUGAGAAUAAUUGGAACCACACUUUUUGGAGUCUCUCUCCUCCUUGGAAUCACAGCUGCUUAUAUUGUUGGCUACCAGUUUAUCCAAACAGAUAAUUACUACUUCUCUUUUGGACUGUAUGGUGCCUUUUUAGCAUCACACCUCAUCAUCCAAAGCCUGUUUGCCUUUUUGGAGCACCGAAAAAUGAAAAAAUCCUUAGAAACCCCCAUUAAAUUGAACAAAACUGUUGCUCUUUGCAUCGCUGCGUAUCAAGAAGAUCCAGACUACUUACGGAAAUGUUUGCAAUCUGUGAAAAGGCUCACCUACCCUGGGAUUAAAGUGGUCAUGGUCAUAGAUGGGAACUCGGAAGAUGACCUCUACAUGAUGGACAUCUUCAGUGAAGUCAUGGGCAGGGACAGGUCAGCCACUUAUAUUUGGAAGAACAACUUUCACGAGAAGGGUCCCGGUGAGACGGAGGAGUCCCAUAAAGAAAGCUGCCAACAUGUCACCCAGUUGGUCUUGUCCAACAAAAGUAUCUGCAUCAUGCAGAAAUGGGGUGGAAAAAGAGAAGUCAUGUACACGGCCUUCAGAGCCCUGGGACGAAGCGUGGAUUAUGUGCAGGUUUGUGAUUCAGACACCAUGCUAGACCCAGCCUCAUCUGUGGAGAUGGUAAAAGUUUUAGAAGAAGACCCCAUGGUUGGAGGUGUUGGGGGAGAUGUCCAGAUUUUAAACAAGUAUGAUUCCUGGAUCUCCUUCCUCAGCAGUGUGAGAUACUGGAUGGCUUUUAACAUAGAAAGGGCCUGCCAGUCUUAUUUUGGGUGUGUCCAGUGCAUUAGUGGACCUCUGGGGAUGUACAGAAACUCGUUGCUGCAUGAGUUUGUAGAAGACUGGUAUAAUCAGGAAUUUAUGGGCAGCCAAUGCAGUUUUGGUGAUGACCGGCAUCUAACGAACAGAGUGCUGAGUCUGGGCUAUGCAACAAAAUACACAGCUCGAUCCAAGUGCCUUACGGAAACACCUGUCGAGUAUCUCCGAUGGUUAAACCAGCAGACCCGUUGGAGCAAGUCAUACUUCCGAGAGUGGCUGUACAAUGCCAUGUGGUUUCAUAAACAUCACUUGUGGAUGACCUACGAAGCGGUUAUCACUGGAUUCUUCCCUUUCUUUCUCAUUGCCACGGUAAUCCAGCUCUUCUACCGGGGUAAAAUUUGGAACAUCCUCCUCUUCUUGUUAACUGUUCAGUUAGUAGGUCUCAUCAAAUCAUCCUUUGCCAGCUGCCUUAGAGGAAAUAUCGUCAUGGUCUUCAUGUCCCUCUACUCAGUGUUGUACAUGUCAAGUUUACUUCCCGCCAAGAUGUUUGCAAUUGCAACGAUAAACAAAGCUGGGUGGGGCACAUCUGGAAGGAAAACCAUUGUUGUUAAUUUCAUAGGACUCAUUCCAGUCUCAGUUUGGUUUACAAUCCUCCUGGGCGGUGUGAUUUUCACCAUUUAUAAGGAAUCUAAAAAGCCAUUCUCAGACUCCAAACAGACAGUGCUAAUUGUUGGAACGUUGCUCUAUGUAUGCUAUUGGGUUAUGCUUUUGACUCUGUAUGUGGUUCUCAUCAAUAAGUGUGGCAGGCGGAAGAAGGGACAACAGUAUGACAUGGUGCUUGAUGUAUGAUCUUACAUUGAUUGACAUUUGCAAUCACACAUGGGGACACAAACAAAACCUUAGUUCCUGUAAAGACCGUACAGUAUUGUGGCAUCAGAGAAUGCCACCACAGGAGACAUAUCACUGCUGCUGGGACUUGAACAAAGACAUUUCUAUGGGUUUAUUUUGAUUCUGCCAAAGUAAAAUGAUACAUCAACAAGAAGAAACUCAGAUGUAACCUGUUAUUUCUAUGAAAAUGGGAAGAAUUCUUUGUUUAUGCACUUUUCCCUUACUGUACAUCUGCCUAACAGUGUUUUGCCCUAUAUACCUCACUAGCCAUGCUUUAUGUGGGUUAUCAUGGAAGAAAGGAUUUUGGAAACUCAAGGAAACGUUCUUACAAUGUAUACAACCUAACUUAUGGACUGUGUUGAUAGCUAAUUGUUUUUUAGAAAGGAUUUUCUGUUUAACUCUACCAAAUGAAAUGCCAAAGGAAAUUUUAAGGCCGUUGGCUGUGCUGUAUUUUUAUAUAAUUGUACUGUGUUUUAAAAUUUUGUAUGCCCAUUUUAAAAACAAAUCUUGCAUAUUCUAUAUUUUACUUCUCUGCCAAAAUACACCUGUUCUUCCUUUAUAAAAAAAUAAAAUAAAAUAGGUUCUAAAAAAAAGUUCAAACUUAUAAAACCUACCCAAAAUGUGAAGCUUGGUUGACGGAUGUUGUUCAUGAUAGAAAGAAUAAAAUGUUUCUCUCUCUA